AUUUAGAUUCUAUUAAAUUUAUAUUUUAAUUUUGUUUUUUCAGUUUUUUUUUUCUUUCUAGUUUCAGUACUUGAAAACAUCUCUUCCUCAUCAUCGUUUGAGCUUCCCAGUCUUCGAACAGAAAAAACCUAAAAAAAGAACGAACCGACAAAAAAAACAAACAAAAAGAAAGAAGAAAUCUUUGGGAGCUCCUUCCUAUUUUUUUUGUUUGGUUUGCAUGGUGUUUCUCAUCGGGUCCAUUGCUAAGAGUGAUUCAAUUCGUUUUCCUCUUCAGCUACAAAGGAAGAAGAAAGAUCUUAUGCGACAUUUGAUCUCUCACUAACAAACAAAAAAAAGCUGCGGGUCUCAUAUAAUUAAGCAGAUGGAUGAAAACAACGCAGCAAAGUUAACAGGAAUCAGGCAGAUCGUGAGGCUAAAGGAGAUUUUGCAGAAAUGGCAAACCGUAACGAUAGGGCCCAAGUCAGAAGUCCCUCCAUUGGCAGCUGGAAAGCAAGCGGCAGAAAUGAUUUCACCGGCGAUCAACAAAAGGCUAUUAGCCGUCAAGAACUGUGACUCGGACGAGGAAAACUGCCAAAGCCCUGAGCCUCCUGCUGAUGUUCCCAAAGGCUAUCUAGCGGUUUAUGUUGGACCGGAUCUAAGAAGGUUUAUCAUUCCUACAACCUAUCUUGGCCACUCUCUGUUCAAGGUGUUGCUCGAGAAGGCAGAGGAAGAGUUUGGGUUUGAUCAGAGUGGGGCUCUCACUAUCCCUUGCGAGGUCGAGACUUUCAAGUACUUACUUAAAUGCAUGGAGAACAAUACUAAAGAUCACCACCCUGACGACAGCUCCGCUGGGGAUACAGUAGCAGCAAAUGAAGAGUAAAUACAAAUCAAGUGAUAAAAAUUCUUAUAACUUUUCUUUUGUUAUUAUGAUGUUUAUUAUCCUUUAAUUUUAUCAUAUAUUGAUGGGAAUUGUUAGGGAUGGCAACUUUGGGGUGUAAUUGUGAAAUCCGUUUUUUUCUUCUUCUUCUCCAUUCUUUUUUCAAGGACGACUUAAGUUUUUAGGGCAUAUAUGUUAGAGAUG